GCAAAGAUUGAGAGCAAUAGGGGAAAGGAAAAGAAUAUUUCCAUGGCUUCCAAAUCCAUUACCCCACGGAAUAACUUGAUGUCCAAGUUAUUUCUUUCAUUUGCCUUCCCCUCUCAUCCCUCUAUAAAUAAAGCUCCAUAACUUCCUUCCCCUAAAUGGUAGAUAUGGUCAAGCUUACAAUUGUUGGAAGGGUAAGUGAUAGCCUUUGUCUUGCCAAAGGACCGUCCUAUAUGAACGAAGAGCGCGAAAACUCUUCAUUUUACAAGCAACAAGGAGAGUUCAUAUUCAAAGAAAUCUCCAGAGGAGCCUUGCCUCCUUCCAGGAUGACCAUUCGUGUCGAUCAUCACUGCUUCAAUUACUUGGUGGAGAAGGGAAUCGCCUUCAUCACGUUGUGUGAAUCUUCAUAUCCAAGAAAACUAGCUUUCUGUUACCUGCAAGAAUUGCAGAAGGAAUUUGACAAGUUUGACAGUAGCCUUAUUGACAAAAUCAUAAGACCGUACUCCUUCGUCAAAUUCGAUGGUGUAAUUGGGAGUACAAGAAAGCAAUACAUCGAUACAAGAACACAGGUUAAUCUGUCUAAGCUUAAUGCUAACCGGAAACAAGAUUUAGACAUUGCCACUGAAAAUCUUUCAGAAAUCAUAGAGAGAUGGAGACAUUCAGAUCUAUUGGAAAGGCCAUCGACUCCUCCUCCUCCUCCUCCUCCUCCUCAAGCUGUUUCAUCCAUUGGGUUUUCACCGCUCCUCGAGGUUAUUGCAUUGAAAUGGACACCAAUUACAUUGCUCAUUGCUGUUGCCACUGUUAUUCUCUGGGUCACCAUAAUCCAUGCAGAUGAAAAUUUCAUGAUUUUAAACUAAUUGGGGUAUCGGGA